AUGAUGCUCGCCGCGAGCGCGGAGCACCCUGUCAUUACACGCAUGGCCAACCAGGUUUCGACCUUCCUCCGCUUGUCGCCCAGCAAGAACAUCAACCUGCGCUGGUUGCUCCACUACAUCUUUCAUCCGCCUGCACUCGCAUGCUUCCUCAUCGGCUUCUUCGGCCUACUGUCCGUUGAGAUCCAACUUAUUGCGCUGAAGCCGCUCGAGGCGCACUUCCGGGACCAGGCUCAGGCCUCCGCUGCAGACUUCUCCAGGACGAUCAGCAACUCGAUGAACGCUAGCAUGUACAACCAGUCCUCACUGUACGCGGCCGGCGUGAACUCUCAGCUCGACGAGAUCCAGACGACAAUCAACAACGGACUCUUCGGAUGGGUCAACGGCACGACUACGACGCUCAAUAACACCAUCGCUUCCUUCUAUUCGGAAGUACAGACGCUGGUGAACGACGUCUUCGGCAAUACGCCGCUCGCACAGCCCGCCCAGGAGUUCAUCGCGUGCUUCAUCGGUUCCAAGGUCGACGCCGUCGAGAAUGUUCUCACGUUCCUCAACGAGAAUCUCCAAGUGAACGUUACCCGCGUCGCCCCUGAUGCGCUUGUCCUGUCUCCGGAUAGGAUCGACGAGGCUUCACAACCGAUUGCCCGCGCGGCUGUCGGUGGCGGCAACGGUUCAGAUGAUGGCGGUCUUGUAGGCCGCCUCCUCGAUACCUACGCCGCCAGCCUCCGCAAGGAGCGCCUGAUGUUCGCGAUCUUCCUCGGACUCUGGUUCCUUGUUGUGUUGGCCGGCUUUGGCGUCAUCUUCUACCACUCGUACGGACGCGCCAUUAUCGAGCGUCGUAAGCGCCGAAAGUUCGAGCGGUCUGGCCAACGCCAGGGUGUCGAUGGCGUUGUCACCCCCUUCCGCGAGUGGAAGGAGAAGCCGCAAACCGUCCAGGUCAGCGACGCCCCGCCUCAAGUCGACCUUCGAAGCUUCACUCCCAUUCCUCCCGAGCCGGGUCUUGGUGCUCGACUCGCUGGUGCCUUCGGCAAAAGCUUUGACAGCUUCUUUGACCGUGACGCCGCACCUUCUGCACCACGCCCAGCCGAGUCGCGAGGUCCCUCACGCCUCGGCAACCUCUCCCGCCACCUGACGCGCUCGCCCUCUGACCACGAGAAGGGCCGCGCGAGCGAUGCGGCGAGCCAGGGCUGGUGGCAGCGCUUGCGCUUCAGCUUCAUGAACGCCCGCGGCGGGUCGAGCGCCCCGGACUUUACGCCUGGGAAACGCAAGAAGCCGUCGUUGACGAUCUCGCCCGAGCUCGCCGAGAGCGCCCGCAACAGUGCGGUGCUCCCGGUGAUCGAGACGACAUCUCCCUCCGAGCCUGCGCCCCAUGAGCGCAUUCGCGAGAACAGCCGCUGGAGCACCUCACCCGCGCCUAUUGUCAAGCCGUGGCUGCGUCCGGUCGUUUCUCCUACCAAAGGUGGUGGACCACGCCGCAAAGCGAGCGUGCCCGAUGACGUUGGACCGAACGGCUCCUCCGAGGAUGUGAGCCCGAUCCAGGCUCCCUCUCAGCCUCAGACGAUGCUCGAGGUACCCGUCGCGCUGCACAAUACCAGCGUCAGCGCGUACCAGUUCCCCGCGCCACCGCCGCUUCCUCAGGCCGCUCGCUCGUUCCAACCCCCUCCUCGUAGGCUCCAGAACCCUCCUGGGCUUCCUCCCCCUCAGCGUACGGGCCCUGACCCUUUCGCUACGCCCUUUGACGACGAUCACGUACCCAACUCGCCUGGAGGACGCUACCCCGUCAUGGGCCGUCCUGUGCAGGCUCGGCCUGGACAGGAACGCAACCCCUUCUCUGACUAUGCGCCGCGCGCAUUCUGA